AUGCAGGCGGUGAAAAAAGCUGUUUUGCGCUUAGCAACUCUUUCAAUUCUUCGGAACAUGACCCUUGUACUGGUCAUCCACUACUUUGCCCACACAUUCCGUAUCGACCUCCCGCCACCAAUGGGUUCCCAGCCUAACGGAGUGUUUGAGGAACACCGGCGGCUUCAAGUGGUUUUGCACACAACCAUGCAAGUCGAUUGGGUCGAAGAUUUGAUGGACUCUGCUGCGGAUGCUAGUAAGGAAGGACGCUAUGAUCGUUUCUUGUCGGAGGGUACUAUGUUUUUUGUGGUGGUUGUUUGUGGCGUUUUAGAGGUAGGGGUAGAGAGCGGCAAGGCCGAGAGGGAGGAAGAGGUUGAAUACACGGCUGCGGCGCAUGCAGGUUUCUUUUGGUGGAAGUUGAAAGGGUUCUUUCAGAGUCAGAGUCUGCGUCCAGUCAACUUGUGCCUGUCAAAGAAGCCAUGGCUGCAGGUGGAAGACGCUUCCUUGGGUUUUGAAAGGGCAUACUUGGGGCAUACGGACGUCAAUUCCUGGAUCACAGGGGCAGAGGUACCCGGAGACGAUGGAAACGAGUCGACGAUACGGUGA